AUGGCGAUGGUAAUUUCGCAGACGACGAAGGCUGCUAUUGGUGGAUUCUUGGCUCUGAUGAUCUUAGGAGCUGUUCUCGUUGUUGGUGCUGCUUUCGGGUGGUUCAAUCCUAGAAGAGAAGAUGAAGAUACUCCAGCUAAAGUUAGUGCUAGACUUCAAGGAAGAACUUCUUUUGUUACACAUCGUGCUGUAAACCCAGAUGAGAACAGACUGGCUGUCGUGUCACACACAUCGCCGUUUUUCAUUGGCGAUAAAGGAGAGAAAGGAGAUAAUACAUUGGGGCCUGGACAAUGCAGAUGUAGUUUAAAUGACAUCUCACAAAUUUUGGAAAUAAUGCCAGAAUUAAAAGGUCCACCAGGCCCACAAGGGCCUACAGGAGCUGACGGUACUACUGGUGCUCCUGGGAAAACGGGACAAAUGGGUGAGUCGGGCCCGCCUGGGCCGGUGGGGCCAAAAGGAGAUAGAGGAGAGAGGGGCGAGACUGGCGCACCAGGUUCCGAAGGUCAAACGGGGCCUAAAGGUGAUCCUGGUUCAGAUGGAGCACCCGGGCUACAGGGACCCCCUGGUCCACCUGGUCCACCAGCACCUAUAACGUCAGCAUUAAUAGAAUCAACGGGAUUAUACGGGUCUAGUAAUCCAGGGAUACUUGGAGAGAGGGGUCCAAUGGGCCUCCCGGGUCCUCAAGGAGAAAGAGGAUAUCAAGGAAAUAAAGGCGAGAGAGGAUUACAUGGCCCUAAGGGGGACAAAGGAGAAAGGGGCUACGUCGGCCUGAGAGGGCCACAUGGCGCGAAGGGAGAGCGAGGCCAACCCGGGCGCGAUGGCACGCCGGGCCUGCCGGGCCCUCACGGGCGCCCCGCCGAAAAAGGCGAAAAAGGUGCUCGCGGUCUCCCCGGCCCCCCAGGACCAGCCGUCCCAGUUAUAUCUGAAAACGCUAUAUCAACUGACGUCACGCGCACAGAAGCGGCGCUCAUGAAAGGCGGAAAGGGCGAUAGAGGGGAGAAAGGAGACAAGGGUGAAAAAGGUCUUCGAGGGAUGGAAGGUGCUCAAGGUUUUCCGGGGACUGAUGGCAAACCAGGGGAACGUGGUGAUAUCGGCCCAUCUGGUUUACCUGGGACCCAAGGUCCUCCUGGUCUAAAUGGACCAAAAGGGGACAAAGGAGAAGCCGGUCCACCUGGACCAGUGGCAUUAUCAAGAGAUGAAGCGUUGGUGCUAACGAAGGGUGAUAAAGGUGAUACAGGCCCUAGGGGUAAACGUGGACAUCCUGGUCCACCUGGACCUCGAGGGCCACCUGGUCUUCCUGGACCGCCUGGGACUCCCGGCAGUAAUGGAAGACUUGGAGAUAUAGGGCUGCCAGGGUGGACGGGCGCGCCCGGGGCCGUCGGCCAGCCAGGCGCACCCGGCCCGAAAGGUGAAAAAGGAGACCCUGGCGGAACCCCACUUGACUUAGAAAAGGUAAAAGGUGAGAAAGGGGAUCGAGGGUAUGAUGGGGCUCCUGGUCCGCCGGGCAAGGAGGGGCCCAGAGGCCCACCAGGACCGCCAGGAUCCCCAGCAACAAAUAUCCAAUACAUGACCGUCCCCGGCCCCCCGGGGCCUCCGGGGCCACCAGGACCGCCCGGCGUGUAUCCAAAUGAAAUGCCAGAUACAUUGACCGAUAGCCCUGGAAUUAAUCGUCACGAACCUUCCGGAGGAAAACAACGCGAUCCUCUACAAAUUAUAAGAAACUUGAACCAUCUGGUACAAUACCGCCAGGAGCAGUACGCGUUCCGAGAUCCUUUGGACCCUCUUGGAGAUUCGGGGGAUUUUGAGGAUGAUGAAGAUGGAAGAGCCAUUGUCGGAACAAUAUUGUUCAAGACUACUGACUCUUUGAUUCGGCUCGGAACAAGCAGCCCACUAGGCACUUUGGCGUAUGUCAUUCAAGAGCAAGCGUUGCUAGUCCGGGUCAACAACGGCUGGCAGUAUGUAGCUAUGGGGUCUUUGUUGGCUAUUCACACCCCGCCAGCCGGAGGACCUACUCGAUCGCCUUUGCAGAACAUUUUAGAGACUUCCAGUUUAGUGCACCAUAAGAAUCCAGCCAUAGAGGGCCCUGUGUUACGCCUGGCAGCUCUGAAUGAGCCUCAUACAGGAGAUAUGCAUGGGGUUAGCAGCAGUAAUUAUGAGUGCAGAAGACAAUCUUUGAGGGCCAAUAUGGAUGGCACAUUUAGAGCCUUUAUAUCGUCUAGGGUUCAAACAAUAGAUUCUAUCGUAAGUUGGGUGGAUAGAGAGAUUCCUGUAGUGAAUACGAGGGGCGAUGUGCUGUUUAACUCGUGGGGCGAGAUGUUCGACGGGUCAGGAGCCCUCUUCGCCCACGCUCCCCGGAUUUACAGCUUCAGUGGACAAAAUGUCCUCAUGGAUCCUGGAUGGCCUACUAAAGCAGUGUGGCAUGGCGCUAACCCGAAUGGUGAACCAGCAAUGGAUGCGUACUGCGAUGCUUGGCACAGCAGUAGUCCAGACAAGUUUGGGCUCGCAUCUUCGCUUCGUUCCAAUAAGCUUUUAGACCAAGAAACAUAUUCAUGCAGUAGUAGAUUAAUAGUGUUAUGCGUGGAAGCAACGCCUGUAGACACUGUAAGAAGAAAAAAACGAUCGAAGUACCACAACGCCUCAGAGAAAAUGCAAUUUUUAAAUGAUAUCGAAGAAAGAAACGAAACUAGGCGAAAGUUAUAG